UCAAUCCGUCUUUUAAUAAUCUGGAUCAGCGACCGCUGUUUGUGUUCUGACGUGUCACCGAUGGGCAGCACUCACGAUCAGCCUGCAGCCAAAUGAAUCCGCGAAGAAGAAUGUUGUGAACAAGGAAGUUGGUGUUUAACAGGAAGCCAGCGACAGCGUUGUGAAUGAGAGAGAGCCCUGCGCUCACUUGGUUAAAAAAAGGUUAUCUCUGUGUCGUCGAGAAUGUACGCUCCACCGGGUUCUGCGGCUCCUGGAGGCAGGAGGAGGAGAGCGGGAACCUCCCUGCCAAAGCAGCCGGAGCGGAGCCUGGUGUCGGCUCUGCCCGGAGCUCUGUCCAUCACGGCGCUGUGCACGGCCCUGGCGGAACCAGCGUGGCUCCGCGUGCACGGUGGGACCUGUCCGAGGCAGGAGCUGGGCGUGGCUGACGUUCUGGGCUACAUCGACCCAAAGCUACUGGACGAUUACUGUGUGAAUCCUCAGACUGUUCUGCUGCUGCGAGUCAUCGCUGCCUUCUGCUUCCUGGGCAUCCUGUGCAGCCUGACCGCCUUCCUCCUGGACGUGUUUGGACCCAAACACCCGGCACUAAAGAUAACACGCAGAUACGCAUUUGCACAUAUUCUCACAGUGUUGCAGUGCGCCACCGUCAUCGGAUUCUGCUACUGGGCGUCGGAGCUCAUCCUGUCUCUGCAGCAGCAGCACAAAAAGUACCACGGCUCGCUCAUAUACGUCACCUUCGCCAUCAGCUUCUACCUGGUGGCGGGCGCGGGCGGAGCUUCCAUCCUCGCCACGGCCGCCAACCUGCUGCGCCACUACCCGACCGAGGAGGAGGAGCAGGCGCUGGAGCUGCUGUCGGAGAUGGAGGACAGCAGCGAGACUUUUCCUGCCGACUACGACGUCGCCAACCAGUUCCAGCCGCCGCCCGCGUACACGCCGUAACACGCCGCGAGCCCUCGCUUCUCUCCCUCCCUCCCUCUCUCUCUCCCUCCCCCUCCCUCUCUCGCUCUCAGCACGGCUUUUUUGGCUUUGAUGAGCAAAAACAAACGGAACAUUUCAAAGAUCCUCUCUGUGAAGACGGCGGCGUGAGCAGAAACUGUCUCUGAGCGACGGCGGCGGCGCAUGAAAGCUUUUGUUUAGCGGCGGCAGAUUUAAAAAAAAAAAUCCUCCUUUUCUUUCUUUAACCACUGAGUUUUUGUUGGUAAUUUGCAUGUAAAUGGCUUUUUAAGGAUCUCAGUCCUGACAUGUAAACCUGACUGGACUCCACUCAUCACCGAUAAUCAAUGACACGGCCACCGAUCAACGAUCAAUGACGUUUACUCGAGCUCUUCUCUGGACGCGGAUGGAGUUUUCUUUCCCUGUGUGUGUGUGUGUGUGAGUGAGUGAAAAAGUCUUAGUUCACCUUCAGAUUUAUGUCGUUUUAACAAUGUUUUCAUGAUCAUUUAUAAUUAUUUCUCUAUUUGUUUUAAUCAGAAACAACCAGAAAACACAGUAAACAUGUUUGCAGGUUUAAAUGUUUACUGUGGCACUUUUAAAUCUAGAUGGAAUGGAUAAAUAUUCAAAAAUCACAUCAUCUGGUUUUAAUGAUUAAACAAACCAUUCAAAUUGUUGACGAUUAAGAUUGGAAGUUUACUUUAAAUCACAUUAUUCUGUUCAAAAUGUCAAAGAUCACAGACAUUAACAGACGUAAAAUCACAGUUUUCACUCUGAAGUUCCUGCCAAUUCUUGGGGGAAAUUGUUUGAUUGAGAAUAUUUGAAUUUUUUUUACCACAAACUUUUAACGCAGUGAAAUAAAAACCAGAUUUUUUUAA